CACAAAAAGCCGGCGCCAAUUUCAAUCAAUCCAAUUCCCUUCCAACUAAAAAGAUAAGAUUUCCUCUUCUUCACUUCCUUUCUUUCACUUUUUCUGUGGCUCUCAAAACUCCCUUCUUCCCUCCCCCCCUCUCUUCAAAACGAUAGAGAGAGGAACAGAGAGAUUUCUUCUUUUGUUGUGAUAGAUUCCUUCAUAAACCCUAAAGUUUCUUCUUCUUCUUCUUCAUCAACAACAAUGACUAUCACUUUACAAGCUUCCCUUCUUUGCAGACCAUCUUUCUCUCUUUACUCUCCUUCAAAACGACACAGCUUUCAACAUCCCAUCAACUCCCCUCUUUCCCUCUCUAAAACCUCAUUUCCCCCCUCUCUAAAUCUCAGACUCCGCCCUCACUCAAUCCCUUGUACAUUGCAACCUGACAAUGCUGACCCACUUUCCGAAACGGUCCCUCCGAUUUCAAAUCCCGAAAAAACACAAGAGGUAGUGGAUGUAGUACAGAGCAAUGAGAGUGGAAGGGGGGAGGUGGAGGGACAUGGAGGUAAUUUAGUGGAGGAGAAAGAAGGUGAUGGUGGUGGGGUUUAUGAUAGGAAUGGGAGGAUUAGAAUGGUGGUGUUUUUUAUGGGGAUAUGGGCCACAAUGAAAAAUGGGUUUCAGAAAUUGUUCAUGUUGCUGGGUUCUUACUCUUCUAAUUGGUGGCCAUUUUGGAAACAAGAGAAGAAAUUAGAGAAAUUGAUUGCUGAAGCUGAAGCUAAUCCUAAAGAUGUUGAGAAACAGACUGCUCUUUUAGUUGAGCUUAAUAAGCACAGUCCUGAGUCUGUGAUUAAGAGGUUUGAACAAAGAGACCAUGCAGUGGAUAGCAAAGGAGUCGUCGAGUAUCUUAAAGCUCUUGUAGUUACUAAUUCUAUUGCAGAAUAUCUUCCUGAUGAACAAUCUGGAAAGCCUUCCAGUCUUCCUGCUUUGUUGCAAGAAUUGAAGCAGCAUGCAUCAGGGGACACGGAUAAGCCCUUAAUGAAUCCUGGCAUAUCCGAGAAGCAACCGUUGCAUGUGGUGAUGGUUGAUCCUAAAGUGUCAAACAAGUCACGGUUUGCCCAAGAGCUUAUCUCCACUAUCUUGUUUACCGUUGCAGUUGGAUUGGUUUGGUUCAUGGGUGCUGCUGCACUUCAAAAGUAUAUAGGGAGUCUGGGUGGAAUAGGAGCUUCAGGAGCUGGCUCAAGUUCUUCUUAUACUCCAAAAGAACUGAAUAAAGAAAUCACGCCUGACAAAAAUGUUAAAACAUUUAAGGAUGUUAAAGGCUGUGAUGAUGCAAAACAAGAACUUGAGGAAGUAGUGGAGUAUCUUAAAAACCCAACAAAGUUUACUCGUCUAGGUGGGAAGUUGCCAAAGGGAAUUCUUUUGACAGGGGCACCUGGUACAGGGAAAACAUUGCUUGCCAAGGCCAUUGCUGGAGAAGCUGGAGUACCUUUUUUCUAUAGAGCAGGAUCUGAAUUUGAGGAAAUGUUUGUUGGAGUCGGUGCUCGGCGUGUAAGAUCCUUAUUUCAAGCAGCUAAAAAAAAGGCUCCAUGUAUCAUUUUUAUUGAUGAAAUUGAUGCUGUUGGGUCAACAAGGAAACAAUGGGAAGGCCAUACAAAGAAGACAUUGCAUCAACUACUUGUUGAAAUGGAUGGUUUUGAACAGAAUGAGGGAAUAAUAUUGAUGGCUGCAACAAACUUGCCUGAUAUUCUUGAUCCUGCUUUGACCAGGCCUGGUAGAUUUGACCGUCAUAUUGUCGUGCCAAAUCCUGAUGUUAAAGGUCGACAAGAGAUUUUGGAGCUCUACCUGCAAGAUAAGCCAAUGGCCGAUGAUGUAGAUGUUAAAUCAAUUGCUCGUGGCACACCAGGCUUCAAUGGAGCAGAUCUUGCGAACUUGGUAAACAUUGCCGCUAUUAAAGCUGCUGUAGAAGGUGCUGAGAAGUUAUCUGCUACACAAUUGGAAUUUGCAAAAGACAGGAUAAUUAUGGGGACUGAGCGGAAAACAAUGUUCAUUUCUGAAGAGUCAAAGAAGUUAACAGCAUAUCAUGAGAGUGGCCAUGCUAUUGUAGCUUUCAAUACUGAGGGUGCACACCCAAUUCACAAGGCAACUAUAAUGCCCCGUGGGUCUGCUUUAGGAAUGGUCACCCAGCUUCCUUCAAGUGAUGAGACAUCAAUUAGUAAAAAGCAGUUAUUAGCUCGGCUUGAUGUUUGUAUGGGAGGAAGAGUUGCGGAAGAGCUCGUAUUUGGACAGGAUUAUAUCACUACUGGAGCAAGUAGUGAUCUUCACACAGCAACAGAGCUUGCGCAGUAUAUGGUAUCAAAUUGUGGGAUGAGCGAAGCAAUUGGACCAGUACAUAUUAAAGAAAGAUCAAGUUCAGAAAUGCAGUCACGUGUUGAUGCUGAAGUGGUGAAACUCUUAAGAGAAGCAUAUGCUCGUGUGAAAGCCUUGCUGAAGAAGCAUGAGAAGGCAUUACAUGCACUAGCAAAUGCUCUUUUAGAGUACGAAACACUAAGCGCAGAAGAAAUAAAGCGAAUUCUUCUUCCUUACCAGGAAGGACGGCAACCUGAGCAACAAGAAGUAGAGCAAGAAGAAGGGGAGUUUGUAAUGGCUUGAUCAUGCACUCUAAUCGACCAUGGGGGGAGAUUCUGUACAGUAUAUUUAAAGCAGUACAGGUGAUUAUUCAUCAAUCCCUCUCUAAUUCUCCCCUUUCAUGUUCCAUACAUAGAUACGGUGGGAUAGAAAUUAUAUUCAUACACCCCAAGCAUCCAACAAGCUCUCCCGUAACAACAGAGCUGGCAAUGACAGAUCGUGUUCUAUUUCUUACAUGUCUCAUCUGAAUGUUUACCCCGAAAUCGUGGGUAAAAUUUUGAACAUAUAAUAUUCGAUGUUAUAGGCAGGGCAGGCUUCAUGGUAUUCCCUUAAGAUUUCCCCCCACAUUUCUGGCUCAUGAUUCUAGUCAAGAUUGAUAUAUUCCUUUCUGUUCAAUCAUCCGUUCUGUGUUUUCUAACCUAGAAAAAAUGUGACUAAAAAGCUCCACGCGCAAUCCAGAUAUUGGCAGCAGAAGUGACACCAUAACACGUGUAAGAAAGCUCCCUCGUUAUAUUAUGAAGCAGAAUGUAUACAAGUACAUGGUUAUGAUGGAGAGUUUCAUUACAUUUUUUACAUGGAGAAUUGUUGGUGUCUCUGGAUUAAUGCACUGCCAGAUUGGAUGGAUCUCUUAUUGUAGUAAUAGCUAUUUCACAUGAGAGAAGCUGUCGAAGAAAUAAAGGUUGGACAUAACUCAGUGUAAAAAUGCCUACAAGCAUGAUAAAUAAUAAAAAUAGAAAUCUUGAUUCUUUCA